GCCGCGAGGCCCAUCAAGGGAUAUCCGCCGGUGGCUAUCAUUCUCCGCGACUGAGCAGAACCAGCCAGAUGGCAUGGAUCGCUGUUCCGGUGACGCCUUUCGCACUCGAUUGGCAGUCUUUGGGCCUUUACGUGACCCAAAGGGUUAGCUACGGACUAGCGUUUCAUUAUUCAUGGCUCUUGGCCUGCGGGGUGGCUGGUGGCUGGUCUCGCACACAAUCACCUCUUUCAUUUAUAUCGUUACGCCGUACAGAGUACGGAUAUCUAGUCAAUGAUGCCCUGCUGUUGGGUGAUCAUGAAGAUCUAAUGCGGUGGAUCGGCUACGUGGGUUUGAAAGUGUUGGGGGCGUGUGUUAGCACGAGGAGCAGAUAGUGAGAGGCGGUAGCUCGGUCCAUUAGCUCUCCUGGUGCAGAAAAGUCGGUGACCACGCUGAAAUUCGGGCAUCAAUAACUAACCUCGUUAUUCAAACCGCCGGGGGUUCUAUGGAAAGUUCCCAGAGCCGCCUGCUGAGUCAGUUGUUAUCUAAGCUACCGCAUUGGCCCGUCAUGCUCACGUGCCAGGGUACCCUCCAGCCGCACUUGGAUUAAAC